CAGCGGGCGGCUAAGUGCUGCCGCUGAAGAGAUUCUCACAGUCUUUAAAAACACUGUCGCCGAGUACGAGGAAGAGAUCGAGCGUCAGCGCAGGCUGCUGGAGCUGGUUUGGAAACCCGAAAUCCAGUUACACCGGCUGGGUGAGAGGAGCUUCACUGUGUAACACGGAACAGAGCAGACAGAUCUAGAUAUAACGUGCAAAGGGUUGAAAUGGUUACCGGGACUCAUUUCCUGUCUGCUUCUGUUCUUUCCCACCACAGCUGAUGAUCUGUUAACUGUUUAUCACCUUAGUCGAUUUUUCUGGUCUCCCUCUAAGCCUAAUUAAAUAUCUUCAAGUGAAUCACUGAUGUCCAGCAACGUCCCCAUUAAGUGCAGACCCGGGUCAGCGCAGGCUGCUCCUCUGACUGAUUUAUACAAACUUUUAACUGUUUAACAAAGAUUACUGAACACUGUCGUGGAAAUGAUGUUCCUGGUGAGGGGUCCAUUAAAUAACUGAGUUACAGCCAACCGUUUAUUUAUUAUGUAUUUAACAAGAGAAUAAACAGAAGUACUACAACACAAAUCAGCUGGACCAGAGGUUCUGUCUCCUAAGACGGCCACUAACGUCCGGCCCCGAGCAAAGGGAUGCUCGUCAUUUACACAGUCCAGGUUUCUGUGUUUUGGGGAACAGAGAUCCUCUCCAGGCCUUGAAUGAACUUUCCAGGAGAGGAACAACAAGAGAGGAAACACCAAAACAAUCUGACAUUCUGACCUGAACCCUGGUGGACGGACUAACAUGAGUACAGGAGAGGAUAUCUAGCUCCCGCAGCAACAUGUCUGUAAGGAGGAGCAGGUUCUGGCUGACCAGCAGCUCUGGAUUCAGGAGAGUCUGGACCAGGAGGACCCACAGCCUCCACAGGUUAAAGAGGAACAGGAGGAACUCUGGACCAGUCCGGAGGGAGAGCAGCUUGGACUGAAGCAGGAGACUGACGCCUUUAUGUUGACUCCUGCUCAUGAGGAAAGGGAGCACAGUGAAGCAGAACUGAACAGCGACCACCAGCUCCUCUCUCACGACUGUCAUGUAGCUGAGAGCCAAGAUCAGAGAGGAGGCGAGCGUGAAGACUCAGGAUCAACUAGAGAUGCAGAGCCAAAACAAAAGAAGCAAGAUAACAACAGGAGAAGCCCCAGAAACAAGUCUGCCAUGUCAAAGGUUCACCAUGAUCCUCACACAGGUAAAAACUCUUUCACAUGUGACACAUGUGGGAAAGAGUUUCAGUACAAGUUAGUAUUUCAGAAACACCUGAGAUACCACACGGGUGAGAAGCCGUAUUCUUGCAAAACAUGCGGGAAAGACUUCAGAACCAGAGUUAAAUUGCAAUACCACAUGAAAACCCACACAGAUGAGAAGCUGUAUUCUUGCAAAACAUGCGGGAAAGCCUUCAGAACCAGCACUGAAUUGCGACUCCAUAUAAGAACCCACACAGGUGAGAAGCCGUAUUCUUGCAAAACAUGUGGAAAAUCUUUUAGCCAGAGGAGUCACGUGAUGGCCCAUCUGAGAACCCACACAGGCGAGAAGCCGUAUUCAUGUGAAACAUGUGGCAAAGACUUCAGAACCCGCCAUACACUGCAACUCCAUAUAAGAACACACACAGGUGAGAAGCCGUUCCUUUGCAAAACCUGCGGUAAAAGAUUCACUGACAAUUCAUCAUGUAAAAAACAUAUGAGAAUCCACACAGGCGAGAAGCCGUAUUCUUGUGAAACAUGUGGGAAAGCUUUCAGAGAUCUUACUCAAUUGAAAAUUCACAAAAUAGAACACACAGGUGAGAAGCCAUAUUCUUGCAAAGCAUGUGGAAAAUUCUUUAACCAAAGGUGUAACUUAAAAGCUCAUCUGAGAACCCACACAGAUGAGAAGCCGUAUUCUUGUGAAACAUGUGGCAAAGACUUCAGAACCCGCCAUCAACUGCAACUCCAUAUAAGAACACACACAGGUGAGAGGCCGUUCCUUUGCAAAACCUGCGGUAGAAGAUUCAGUGACAAUUCAUCAUGUAAACAACACACGAGAAUCCACACAGGCGAGAAGCCGUAUUCUUGUGAAACAUGUGGGAAAGACUUCAGAGUAAGUGGUCAAUUGAAAAUCCACAUAAAAAGAGAACACACAGGUGAGAAGCUGUAGCUUUGCACGACAAAAUAUGUGCUGAUGCGUCACAGAAGGCAGCAUACUAGUAAUCUUGUGGGAGACGAUUCGGUUCUAGAGGUUUGUGGUCAAAACAAAAGAACUCCCAGAAGUGAAGAGCUGCAUAAGUGCAGACCUUGUGGAAAAAGUUUUAAUGAAAUGAUAUGCUUGAAAACCCCUGAGGAUCAAUAUACCUCUGUGGUAAUGAAGUCUUUUGAGCGCCAUGUGUUGAGCUACCUCAAGUCCACUACACUGAAAAAAAAAGUCGAAUUUACAUAAAAUCGGUUGCACAUAUUUUCUUUCUGUUUAGUGAAAAUGAUUAAUUUGUAUUUAAUAUACUGAAUUCUUAUUUGUAAAACCAACAUGAUUUUUUUUACGUUAAUUCAAAGUUUAUCAUUGAUGUUAAUUAUAUUCAAUAAUUCUUUAAUGACCAAACAUAAUUCUUUUCGGUUAAUUUAAACAUUCCCUUUUAUGUUUAAUGUAUUCAAAUCUUACCUAUUAAAGCAACAUGAGAUUUUUAUGUAAAGUAUAUGCAGUGUUGUUCCAUUAAAUAAACUUUUCCUGCUCAAGUCUCAAA